GGGACGAGCUAGCUAUUCUCAAAUCAACUUGUUGUCAUCGGGGUCCGAUCGAAAGGAAAGUAGCAAAGACACGAGAAGAACAUUAAUCAGUAACCGGCAGCUUAAUCCCUUUCUCGCAACCAUGUCCUUCAACGACGACGAGCCGAUCGUUGCCCCUCCAAAUUCAGGUCCUCGGCCGACGCCGAUCGUGGCCGGGAGAGUGCAGCUGGUGAGCAAGAACAACAGGGAGGCGCCGCUGGAGGAGAACACCCAGAAGGUGAUGCUGGAGCUGACCGGCGGCGACUCCACCGCCGACCGGUCCGGGCUGGACCUGGUGGCCGUCCUGGACGUGAGCGGCAGCAUGCAGGGCGAGAAGAUCGACAAGAUGAAGACCGCGAUGCAGUUCGUGGUGAAGAAGCUGAGCACCAUCGACCGCCUCUCCAUCGUCACCUUCUCCGACGCCGCCUCCAGGCUCUGCCCACUGCGCCAGAUCACCGACGCGUCCAAGGCGGACCUCCAGGGGAUCGUCGACGGGCUCAAGCCUGGCGGCAACACCAACAUCACCGACGGCCUCGUCACGGGGCUCAAGGUCCUGGCCGACCGCAAGCUCAGCAGCGGCCGCGUGGUGGGCGUCAUGCUCAUGUCCGACGGCCAGCAGAACCGAGGCGGCGACGCGGCCAAGGUGGCCAUCUCCGGCAACGUGCCCGUGUAUACCUUCGGCUUUGGCUCCGACUACGACCCGACGGUGCUCAACGCGGUGGCCAAGAACAGCAUGGGGGGAACGUUCUCCGUGGUGGACGACGUCGGCGCGCUAAGCAUGGCCUUCUCGCAGUGCCUGGCCGGGCUGCUGACCGUGGUGGUGCAGGACCUCAAGCUGACGGUGACCCGCGUGGAGGACGAGUCGGAGAUCCAGAAAGUGACCGCCGGGAACUACCCACAGGAGGAGGACGCCGGGUCCGUGACAGUCAGCUUCGGCGACCUCUACAGCAAGGAGGUGCGCAAGGUGAUCGUGGACCUGCUCCUCCCAGCCAUCGAAAGCGACCGCGGCGCCGACAUCCUCGAGGUCACAUACUCUUACAAGACCAACGGGAAGCUCUUCGACGCGCCGCCCGCCACGGUGACCGUGAGCCGCACGGGCGCGGUCCCGGGUGAUUCGCCGGCGGACGACCCGCCGGUGGUGCAGACGGAGGUGGCCCGGCUGAAGACUGUGACGAUGAUCACAGAGGCGCGCGCCAUGGCGGACGGGCAGAAGCUGGGCGACGCGAGGGACAAGCUGGUGGAGGCGCAGAACGGGCUGGAGGACGUGCUGGAGCAGUCGAACCCUGUGGUGGAGAUGCUCAGGACGGAGCUGCAGCAGCUGCUCAAGCUCUUCAGGACGCAGGAGGUGUACAACAAGCAGGGGCGGCCCUACGCCAUGUCGUCCGAGACCUCGCACGCGCGGCAGAGGUUCGCGGCCAGGGGGGACAUCGAGAGCAUGAGGAUGUUCGCCACGCCGCGCAUGGACAAGUACCUGGAGCAGGCCAAGAAGUUCGACGAGGACCCCGAGACGCCGCUGCCGUCCGCGGACGACGACGUCAAGGAGGAGAUCGCCGCCAACCCGCUCGCACCCAUCGCAGGGCCCAUCGCCUUUUACAUCCAGGCCGCCAUCCAGGCGCUGCAGGCCAUCGAGAAGAUCAUCACCAACGGAACCAAGCCCAACUGAUCGAUCACAUGUUACAUCUCAUCGGAUACCGUCGAGUCUCGCACGCACUUCCAGUGUACACGUUUCAUCGCUGGCUUGAGUAAAAUGCACGGUUAGUCACUUAACUGGGGUUGUGCGUGCAGUUUAGUCAUCUUAAUCCUAAAACGCUGGUCUCAGUCAUCGGACUAAAAAAUAAGUACGAGACUAAAUUGUACGGACAACUAUAGUUUAAUACCAACCGUGCAUUCUACUCUUUAUUCUUA